AUGGGAGGCAAGUGUCCCCACAGAAGCGUCAAGAAGCGACGCUACUCUCACAAGACAGCUCGCCGGACGAAAUUCCUCGUCAAAGAUAUCCUUUUCUUUGUUUUCUUAAUAUCACAUCGGUUUUUCGCAAGUGCUGAAGUGAGGGAUGAGCAUUUCAAGACCAAGCGACACAGGAAACGCCUUAAGCUGAUGGCCGGACCAGCACCUCACACCCAACUUGAUGCUGAACUAGCUGCUGGAAUGGGCAUGCCAGACAACGGUCCAAAGCUGAUGGCUAUAUGA